AUGGAGGCUCCCCAGUCGCAGUCGCGCUCGCACGUGGCGCUGCUCGCGCUGCUGGUGCUCAGCGCCGUCGCGGGCGUCUACCUCUUCUUCCAGUCCGCCCCCGAGGCCGAGUUCCCCGAGUGCGAACCCAUAUCCGUGUCCUACGUGAUCCGCGGCGUGUUGCCCACUUGGCUCAAUGGACGCAACGACAAGAUGGGCACCGUCCAGGGCCUCUGGCAGUGCGCCAGCCAGUACCGCGAGCACCACGCCGCCUUCGUGCUCAGCAGCUUCUGCAUCGUGUACAUCGCGCUGCAGACCUUCGCCAUCCCGGGGCCCAUCGUGCUGAGCAUCCUGUCCGGAGCCAUGUACCCAUUUCUGCAGGCCCAAAUUCUCGUCGCUUUUUGCGCCACGACGGGCGCCUCGCUGUGCUUCAUGCUGUCCUACUUCCUGGGCCGUGGAGUGUUUAGUCGAGUGCUGUCGGGCAUGAUCGGCCGCUUCAAGGAGAAGAUUGCCCAGAACCAGGGAAACAUGUUCUACUACUUGCUGUUCCUGCGCAUCACGCCGCUGCUGCCCAACUGGUUCGUCAACAUCGCGUGCCCGCUCGUCGGAGUCCCAUUCAAGUACUUUUUCCUGGCGACGCUCAUCGGACUGGUCCCUGCCAACUUCCUGCACAUUUCCACCGGCGCGACGCUCAACAGCGCCGCAGGUGCGACGGGCGGCAGCAACGCCGUCAACUUUGCCGUGCUCUUCCUGCUGCAGUUUGUGGCUCUGCUGCCGACGCUCUUUAAGGGCAAGAUCGAGAAGUACGAGAAGGAGGCCUUCGAAAAGGCCAAGAAGAACAAGUAA